UUUGUAAAAAAUUAGGCUUUAUUAACAGAAAUUUCACUGUGGAGCCCAAAGGUUCUUGUAUGGGGCUCAUUUUGCUUUGGACUCAGGAAAUGGAAAUUAUUAAAAUCACUAAUGAUGACUUUUUCAUAGCUGUACAGUAUAAAAUUAUUGCUACUAAUGUAUCUGCCUGGGCAGAUGGAUAUCAUUGGGAUGAAGCUAAAGUUAGGAGAACUUUUCCAGCAGAUUCAAGUGAUUUAAUCCUGACAAUUACCUCGCUUAACCCUCAACAAGAAGAUAGAUGGGUUUGGACUCUUCACAAAAAAGGUAUUUUUUCUGUACAUUCUAUCUACUCUAAACUUAUAACAGAAAAAUACCUUAAACUGGCCACAGCUCAGGGAACUGCUUUCAUCCCUUCUAGACACCUGAUUGAUAAUGUAAUUAUUGCAACUGAGGCCAUUCAUUAUCUCAAAAGACAUAGAAAUGGGAAUAGA